AUGAUGGGUCCGAUUUUCGCCUCGCUUGUACUCCUAGCAGCUCUCCCUGCUGCAAUUGCUAGUUCCCUCAACGUACAAAACAACUGCGACUUUGGCAUCCAAUGCAGCGCAGCCAAAAAUGACGGAUCUUCUAGCCCACCAGUCGAGGUCAACGGUAAUGGUGGCACGUACUCCUCGCCGCUCCUUGCCAACGACGACAACGUCGGUACUGUCUUGAAGUGUGGGAUCUCUGGUCCAGUCUUCCAGAUGGAACUUGACCUCCAAAACGGCAGAUCUUGGCUUGACCUAUCGGCUCUCGAUGGCGACCCUUUCCUUCCCUACCACAGACACGUUGAGCUUGCGGGCCAAUGUGUUAUCGACUGUCCGGCCACCUCGACUACUUGUGAAUGGCCGCUUCAGGUGGAUUGCUCUUCUUCUGAGGAUGGAUGGUUGACUCUAUGCUAA